AUGCAUGAUGCCUAUGCAAAGCCGCCAGACUCCGUCAAGGGUCUUUUCAAGGCCUGGCGAAAGUGUUCUGCGGCCUCGUUGGAUCAGCACCCUGAAAUAAUCGACACUUGUGAGCCAGAUGCGAGCAGGGUAACGCUCCUCUCGGACCGAGAGGUCCCCAGGCGCGGAACCAUACGAGAACUAGAGCAAGUGUUUGCCACCUAUGUGGACAGAGACGAGCUCGCCGGACUGUCCAGCAUCUGCUCGACACCUGGAGACCCUUUCGAGGUCAAAGCAUUGCCUGGUCUCUAUGUGUUCCCUUCUCUCCUCAGCCCCCUUGUUCAGAUAUCAUUGUUAGACAAACUGCUACAUCGUGACCUCUCCGAUCCCAGGCACCAUACCAAUCUCCACCUCCACUACGACGUCUGCUAUCCGAAACCAAGCGCCAGCGUCGGAGAUCAAGAUGAGUCGACUAGCUCUUUCUUCAGCGGGGAACAACGCUCUAUUCUUCCGCCGAAAGACCCUGCAAUGCAUAAACCCAUUGACUACACUCAAAUGCUCGAGACCAAACUGCGGUGGAUGACACUGGGCGGCCAGUAUGACUGGACCAACAAAGCCUAUCCCAAGGAGGUCCCUCCAGCCUUUCCACCAGAUAUAGCCGCCCUACUGAAGGGGCUGUUCCCCGAGAUCAACGCACAGGCCGCCAUUGUCAACCUCUACAAACCUGGUGACACGCUGAGCGUGCAUCGAGAUGUGAGCGAAGAGUGCGACCAAAGCCUCAUUAGCAUCAGUAUUGGUUGUGAUGCGGUUUUCAUUGCUGGCAACGACGACGGCAGUCAGUUGGCCUCAUUGAGACUACGAUCUGGAGACGCCAUUUUAAUGUCGGGCAAAUCAAGAUACGCCUGGCAUGCAGUUCCCAAAGUCACUCAAGACACUUGUCCCGCUUGGUUGCGAGAUUGGCCUGACAUCCCCCGUGGAAGACAGUACCGAGGUUGGCACGGAUGGAUGGCCAACAAGCGAAUCAACCUCAAUGUGCGGCAGAUGAGCGCUGCUUGA